AUGCUUUCUCUUCGUUCUUUGGUCGUCGUCGCGUGCAGUCUGUCGGUCCCGUCUGUGUUCGCAGCACAAUGCGCCGCCACGCUCAGCAAGGGCAAUGCGGUUGCGACGCGUCUGCAGUCGUACUACAGCUCCUCGUCGGGCUCGUACAACGGCGGCGGUAGGUGGACCGACGCAAAUGCCGUUGAGGACGUGCACAACUUCAUGCUUGGUGCCGGCGUCACGACCUGGGAUACCCUCGGCAACACCUGGGACGUCGUGACGGCCGCAAAGGCUAACGCCAAUCUCGAUUGGUACAGUUACAACCAGGGCUUCAACGAUGACGCACAAUGGCUCAUUCUGGCUUUGUACAAGAUCUUUGACUACAAGAACACGCAUGGGCAGGAUUCGUCGUUCUACCUGGACACCGCGAAGAAGAUCUACACUGCAGUCGCGGCGGAGUGGGACGACACCUGUGGCGGCGGAGUCUGGUGGUCGACCGACCACACGUACAAGAACGCCAUCACGAACGAGCUCUUCCUGUACACAUCUGCACGCGGAUACCAGAUCACGGGCGACUCUACUUACCUCGCGAACGCGCAGAAAGCAUGGGCGUGGCUCAAGGCGUCCGGCAUGCGCAACUCCCAGGGUCUCUGGAAUGACGGCUUGGACUCGAAUACGUGCCAGAACAACGGGCAGAACACCUGGACGUACAACCAAGGCGUGAUCCUGGCCGGCCUGGGCCAGAUGUACCAGAUCACGGGCGACUCGACCUAUAUCACCGAGGCCCAGACGACGCUCGACGCCGUCGAUGCGCACCUCACCUCGGGCGGCGUGAUCAAGGACACUUGCGACAACUCGAGUGGAUCCUCGCAGUGCACUGGUGAUGGCGCGGAGUUCAAGGGCGCUUUCAUGAAGCACUUGCAGUACUUCCUCGACAACGCGGGUUCGGCUUCGCAGACGAAGUACAAGGACUUCGUGACGAGGCAGUACAACGCCAUCGUCAAGGCGACGAACAGCAACAACGACGUCGGCUCAAGCUGGUACUCUGGCACUGCCGGGUCGGCGUUCGGCAUCGUGGAGACGGACUCCGGAUUGGCUGGUAUCACGAACGCUGCGAAGUGGGGCUCUUGCUGA